AUGAUACCCCGGGGGUUUCGUUUCGCCACGUUCAACGUGCGCGGACUUUGUUCUGCGUCGAAGCAACAGCAACUAGCUCGUGACAUGGACGCCUAUCGUAUUGAUUUCUGCGGACUUCAGGAGCUCAAAAUGACAACGACCGUCGAUAAGCCUCUCGGUGAUUCGCAUCGGUUUGUCAGCUUCGGUCAAGCAGAGGGCCGGCAUGGAGGUAAUGGAUUUGUCAUAUCGAACAUGCUCAACAAAUUUGUAUCAACAUUCAAAAAAAUUUCCGACCGAGUCGGAACUGUCGACCUCUCCAUUCCGCAAGGCAAGGGCAAUACCUUACCUGUUCGUUUCGUCGUGGCAUAUGGCCCCACAAACCCAGCAGCGCAGAGUAAUCCUGAGGUUCGUGAAAGGUUCUUUGACGCCUUGUCCACAGCCUGGAACAAGUGCAGUGGAAGAACACUCGUGAUUGGGCUUGGUGAUUUUAACAGCAAGGUCGGAGCAGGUGAAGCAGCGUGUGUGGGUCAAUAUGGCAAAGGUGUAAGAAAAUGA